AUGGCCUUCUUUGUACGAGACUUUUUCGACGACCCAUACUUUGCUCGCUCUCCGUUGGAACUCUUCUCCAUCUUGGAAGCUGCUACUCCUUCUCGACGAAUCACUCAGGACUCAUCCCCAAAUACUGCCUCAGAUAAGGAUAAGGACUCUGCUACCUCUGCUGGAACAGUCUCUCAACAACCGCAACAACGAGGACUUGGAACUGCCAUGAGGUCAUUCAAGGCACCACGUAUCGACGUGGAAGAAACCGAAAAGGCAUAUAUCAUCAAAGCUGAUUUGCCUGGAUUGAAGAAGGAGGAAGUGCAAGUUCAUUUGAAAGAUGAUAUUUUGACUAUUGAAGGGGAAAGACACGAUGACCGAGAAGAAAAGACAUCUACUCGUCAUGUGGUUGAACGAAGCUUUGGUAAAUUCGUACGAAGCAUUCAACUUCCAUCGGAUGCAGAUACCGAAAAUGCUGCUGGAAGUGUUGAAGAUGGUGUAUUACGCAUCUCAUUCAACAAGAAGGCUGCUCCAUCUGAAACUCGAAAGCAAAUUCCUAUUGCUUAA